AUGGCAGGCGUUGUUGUGCUUCUGUUUUUUGUCUGUACAUCGUCGUUGGCCAUUAUGAGUAAGGAUUUCAAAGCAAACUCUCUUCACGAUGACAAACUGUUUAAUGAUUCCCUAGUUUUGGAGAGUCCUUCUAGGUCUGUCCUUUACUGCGCCUCUAUGUGUGGGCCAAAUUGCAGAUAUUAUGGAUUCAACUUUGAGACGAAGAAAUGUAGAGUUCACACUUGUUCUACACUGGUCAAUUCCAAGGAGGAGGAAGGCUGGAGAUACUAUUUGUCUAAUGACUCGGAUUGUAAACCUAAAGACUGCCAGGCGGUGUAUCAGGCUGGACACAGACGUUCUGGUGUUUAUAAAAUUUACCCAGCAGGGGGCGCUAGCACGGACGUCGUCUGCGACAUGGAAACAAUGGAAGGAGGAUGGACAAAUAUUCAGAAUCGAUUCGAUGGAUCUGUAAAUUUCAAUAGGAACUGGAACGAUUACAAAAAUGGAUUUGGUUUGGCUACUGGUGAAUACUGGAUUGGAAAUGAUGUCAUUCAUGAGUUGACAAAAACUAAUACCAGCUCAUUGUAUGUAUCAAUAACCCUUACAAACGAUACCACCUUGUUUGAACUGUAUGAGACCUUCUCAGUUUCCAGCGAAAAUGACAAUUAUAGGUUAUUUGUUGAAGGACAGGCGAGUGGCACCCUUGGUAAUAUGAUGGUCCUAUCAUCUGAUAUACACCGCACAAAUAAGGGCAUGGUAUUCACUACACUAGACAGAGAUAAUGACAGGAACCCUAAUACGAAUUGUGCUUCAGCAUGGAAGGGCGGCUGGUGGUUCAAUAGCUGUUCUUUUGUUUUCCUGAAUGGCCCCUAUGCGUCAUCAUCUUGGUUAUAUCCUUGGAAACCGUUAACAGGAGAUAUGAUUAAGAAAACAUCUAUGAUGUUAAGGCGAAGAUAAAAGAGAAACUAUCCGGCUAUAAACAUAUUUAAAGGAUGAACUUGCUACAUAUGCUUUAAAUGUUCUCAAAAACAGCACUGUUACAUGUAUAACAAAAGUAUUUUUUUUAAGUAACGGUAAAUCAAAGGUAUCACAAUGUAUUACAAAAAUUUUGAGAAUAAAAUACCAAAGAAAACAUCAUAAGAAAAAUGCAUGAUAGGCAACAUUGUUUUUUAUUAUACAUUCAUGUUAAAUACUGAUAUUUAAAUACUGUUUAAAUGCAGUUGGUAAUGCGUUUUAUUACCAUCAGCGUUAGAAACACACUUGGCAAC